CCCUGCCUAACGUAGCAUUCGGUCGACAUUGCGACUCCAUACAGAAUAAGUACCGUAUCAGACAGAAAGAAACUUGCAUCUACGCAAACCUGGUGGAUAUAUCUCCAACCAUGGCGUCCUACGCGCUGGCGGGCAAAAAAGCCGUCAUCACCGGCGCAUCCGGCGGAAUUGGGUUCGCCAUCGCGUCGCGGUUUGCCAAAGAAGGUGCCAGCGUAGUGUUGGCUGGUCGGACAAGGUCUAAACUUCAGCGGUCACUUGCGGAACUCCAAGAGAUGAUGGGAGAGCCGCGGGGCCUUGAGCUACCCCAAUCCCACAGCAUACAUUGCUUGGACGUGGGUGAGAUGAGGGCGUGGGGAAGGUUGAUAAAAGAUAAUAAGGAAAUCGACUACCUAGUAAACUGCGCCGGCGAGCCACAGAACUCUCUGCUCCUCCGGAUCGACGAGGAGACCGUUGACGGUCUGCUGGCUAGCAACUUGCGCGGCGUUAUCUUUGGGUGCAAGAUGGUUGGCAGGCAGAUGAUGGCCCGGCGCAGGGGCGGUUGCAUCAUCAACAUCUCGAGUUUGCUGGCGCACAAGGGAGUCAUUGGGACGUCCGUUUAUGCUGCUGCCAAGGCGGGCCAAUUAGGCCUAACAACUGCGCUCUCCGCCGAGCUCGCCAAGCAUGGCAUCCGUGUAAAUGCGGUGUUGCCCGGGUACAUCGAGACGGAUAUGACCGACGGCCUCGCGAAUAAAGAACUCCAAAAAAAGAUUCCCUUAGGGCGCUUCGGGACCGCAAGCGAGGUCGCCGAUGCCGUCGCCUUUCUCGCCAAAAACGAGUAUGCGAAUAACUGCAUCCUCAACCUGGAUGGCGGGUUAAGUGCCGUCUGAAGGGGUCGGCGAGAACGAGAAAGAGGAGCGGGCGAAUUGCAGGCCCGACGCACACCAGCCUCCAGCGCUACAAAGAGGUGAGAUCGGCAAGC